CAAUCGCCGCUCGCUCUUCUCCUCCGCCCGACUAAACACUCCACCCUCCUCCGCGACGCGUUAAAGCCCAAAGACGUUCCUGAGCCGCUUCACUCCCUCUUCUACAACCUCCACCAGCGGUUCUGCUCCUCCUCCUGUCCUCCUGCGUGAUUCAGCUUGCAAACAGUCAUGGUUUCCCACAAGGAGUUUGAAGCUGCAGGGAAGGCGCCGGGGCUGCAGGUGUGGCGCAUCGAGAACAUGGAUCUCAAGCCGGUGAACAAGGCCCUGCACGGCAGCUUCUUUACCGGGGACGCCUACCUGCUGCUUUUCACCACCGCAGCGCCGUCCUACAACAUUCACAUGUGGCUAGGCGCUGAGUGUUCGCAAGAUGAGAGCGGAGCGGCGGCCAUCUUUGCCACACAGCUGGAUGACUUCCUGGGGGGCGGGCCACUGCAGUUCAGGGAGGUGCAGAACAAUGAGUCCACCACGUUUCUGGGGUACUUCAAGUCAGGCAUCAAGUACCAGAAAGGGGGCGUGGCCUCGGGUUUCCAGCACGUUGUGACCAAUAACAUGGACGUGAAGCGUCUGCUUCAUGUCAAGGGUCGCAGGGCCAUCAGAGCGACCGAGGUGACCAUGUCCUGGAGCAGCUUCAACAAGGGGGACUGCUUCAUCAUCGACCUGGGAAAGGACAUCUAUCAGUGGUGUGGCAGCGAGUGCAACCGCUUCGAGCGGCUGAAGGCCUCUGAGGUCAGCAUCGGCAUCAGAGAUAAUGAGCGCAACGGCAGAGCCAAGGUGCACAUGGUGGAGGAGGGGGACGAGCCGGCUGAUGUCAUACAGGCUCUGGGGUCCAAAUCCGCCAUUGCUCCCAGCACCCCUGACGAUGACAGGGUGGACACUUCCAACAGGAAGAAGGGUGCCCUCUACAUGAUCUCUGACGCGUCUGGUUCAAUGAAGGUGACAUCUGUGGCUCCGUCCAGUCCCUUCAAACAGGCCGCGUUGUCUCCUGAGGAGUGCUACAUCCUGGAUAACGGGGUGGACGGGAACAUCUUUGUAUGGAAAGGCCCCAAGGCCAACACAGCAGAGCGUAAAGCGGCCAUGUCCGCGGGUCAGAAGUUCAUCAAAGACAAGGGAUAUCCCAACAAGACACAGAUCCAAGUUCUUCCCGCCGGAGGUGAGACCACUCUGUUUAAGCAGUUCUUCAGUGACUGGAAGGACAAGGACCAGACCACCGGCCCCAGCAAGGCCUACGCCGUCGGCCGCAUAGCCAAAGUGGAGCAGGUGCCCUUUGACGCCUCCUCUCUGCACUCAAACAAAACCAUGGCAGCUCAGCACGGAAUGGUGGACGACGGCAAGGGCAAGGUCCAGGUCUGGCGUGUUGAGAAAGGCGACAGGGUGGCUGUGGAUCCCUCCUCCUACGGUCACUUCUACGGCGGAGACUGUUACAUCAUCCUCUACAGCUACAGGCAGGGCAGCCGGGAGCAACACCUCAUUUACACCUGGCAGGGACUGAAGUGCACACAAGACGAACUGGCAGCUUCAGCGUUCCUCACCGUGAAGCUGGAUGACUCAAUGGGAGGAGCCCCAGUUCAGGUGAGAGUGACUCAGGGUCAGGAGCCUCCCCACUUGAUGAGUCUCUUCCAGGGCAAACCCAUGAUCAUCCACAGCGGAGGGACGUCACGUAAAGGCGGUCAGUCCCAGGCCGGCAGCACCCGCCUCUUCCACAUCCGACAGAGCUCGUCCCGCGCCACCCGGGCUGUGGAGGUCGGGCCCUCUGCCUCCAACCUCAACACCAAUGAUGUGUUUGUGCUAAAAACCCCGAAUGCCCUGUUUGUGUGGCGGGGCGUGGGUGCCAGUGACGAGGAGAUGGAUGCGGCUAAGCACGUGGUGGGCUUUCUGGGUGGCAGCCCCAGCCAAGUGUCAGAGGGCAAGGAGCCAGCUGAUUUCUGGUCCGCUCUGGGCGGCAAGAAGGAUUACCAGACCUCCAAGAGUCUGCGUAACAUGCUGAAACCCCCGCGUCUGUUCGGCUGCUCCAACAAAACUGGAAGACUCAUUGUGGAGGAAGUACCCGGAGACUUCACUCAGUCAGAUCUGGCCACUGAUGACGUCAUGAUCCUGGACACCUGGGACCAGGUCUUCAUUUGGAUUGGGAACGAAGCUAAUGCAGAAGAAAAGAAUGGAGCUCCCAAAAUAGCGAAAGAGUAUGUGGACACAGACCCCUCUGGUCGCAAAGGACUGCCCAUCACGACCGUCAAACAAGGCGCCGAGCCGCCCACAUUCACCGGCUGGUUCCAGGCUUGGGACGCCAAGAUGUGGGAAACAGAUCCACUGGACAGAAUCCGCGCCCGUUUUUGAACACAAGUCACCUUCCUCUCACUCCGCCUCCUUUCCUAUUUAGCACUUCCUCUUGUUGUCUUCGUUCGUCUUUAAGCAGAAUCCCCAAGUGCCAAAACCAAUGUUAUCACAAUUAUCAGGUAAAAUGGCUGCCUCUUUGCCUUGGUCCAGUGCAGAGCACUGGACUCCAUAAACAGGAAUGCAUCACAUCAGUAGUCAAGCAACAUCUUCCUGUAGCAUUAUCUUUAAUUGGUAGAAGUAGUUUAUUGAUCUGCUGCAUCCAAUAGCUUGUUGCCUUCAAUUCAUCAACAGAUAUUCACUGUUGUCCUAAUAUAAGUAGGAAGCGGCUUUUUGUAGGGCAGAAAAAAACAUUGUACUUUCCUUUCUGUAUGUUUUUCAUAAUGCGCUUGUGCAGCUUGUUGGAAUGGAUUAAUCCUUUCCCACACACACCUGUAUGGCUGUGUUUAGUUAUAGGUACUGUAAGGUUGUACACUUACUAGAAGUUGCAUGCUGCUUUUUUUUUUAUCAUUUUCUGUGCUUGUGAAUUUUAAACGGCGCACGGUGGUAUGUCCACAUAUCAGUUGUCAUGUUGUGUCAUUAAAUGACCCUGAAACUCUCACACGAAUGGCUUUUAAAUAAAAUACUUCCAGUAUUCAAAA